UAUGAAGAACAUACCGUUAAUAUUCCUGUACAGUAAAUUUCUGUGAUUUGUGCAAUAUUUUGAUUUUUGUGGUUACAAAUCGCUACUUUUGCAAAAUAUAUUUACUUAACUACCUUUUUUGUUUUGCAAAGAGAUUACCUACUUACGUGAUCAUCGCGACCUUUAACUACCUGUCUACCUCUCUCUACCUGUCUCUUUGUUGACUGCGAUACGCGAUAGUAUAAAAGCGGAGACAUCAGAGUACCGUCUUCAGUUUGCAUUCAAAUAUACGAGUACACAAUCCGCGAGUUCUAACAUUACAACAACACAACCUUUUGUCACACCAUAUCAAGAUCACUUCGCUGCCUACUUACAAUGCCCUACUUCCGCUCCAGCUACACCUUCAGCAUUGAGGGCAACACGCGCACCUUUCAUCACCGCUGGUGCACGGCCGGUCGUACGUAUGAGUGUGACGCAUGCAGCAGCUCAUGUGAUGUACGCGCUGGCUAUGAGAAACACUGGUCCAACGUUGGAAGAUCGCUUUGCAGCAACGAGCAACGCACACAGCUGAAAAUCAUAGAGGAGCAACGCAUAACGAAUUUCAUACUCUGCAAUGACCACAACAGGAGCACUAAUGAAUUUUUGUUGGACGCCGGCAUACAAGCGAUACCGCAAUUAUUGUGUCUGCUCUUCCACGACACCGCGCGGUUACACUUUCGUUUGAGUUUCUAUACGCGCAUCUUGAAUGAAACGGAUUUUCUUUUCGCCAGCAGCGAACUAACGUUGGAGCAUCACCUGGACAUUGGCGAGACUGUAGAUGUGCUAUUUCUUAUGUUGCUGGAGAAAAUCAAGGCUUAUAUGUAUGCCUGCUAUCCGACGCGCGCUGCGGAGUAUAGCGUGAAGCGCAUAAAGAUUUACGUACGGCGCGAGCUGAACUCAAACUCAUCCUCGUUAAAUGCGCCCCCAAAAUGCAUACUACCGCUACAGUAUCGUGUGAAGCAUGCCACCGCAGCACCAGCCACAAAGCCGAUCAGCGCAGAGACUGCUGCCGACGCGAAUCUGUAUUGCUUCCGCGUUUGUGCGCGCACACAAGAGUUGUAUGUGGUGCCCUACCAGCUGGGCAAACGUCCGAGCAAUACAUGUUCUAUUGAAGUACCACGCGCACAACAAACUUGGGAUCGCGUCGGCUGUGGCGCCCAUUAUAUAAUGUUGCAGAGUGUAGAUGGUGCUCAUCAACAGCUCUUGGAGAUCUCGAACAUAAGCCGCUUUCUACGCACCGAUGAGGAUGAUCAUGUGCACACCUGCUCUCACUGCAAGGCGAAUUUUACACAACGCACUAAGUUACAGCUACACAAGGCGCUCGCUUGUGGACGCGGUUUUGAGGUACUACAUCUGGCCAGUGGUAAUUUGGAGAUUUACGAGAAUUGCCUGCAAAUGCGUUGUGACAACUAUAACUGGCCGCUUUAUGGUAUAAUCGAAUAA